AUGCUGCGACUUGUGGUGGAGUCAGCCAAGAUUAGCCCUCCCCUGAGCCCCCCACCCAGACCCAGCAUGUUUGUGUACUUCCGAGAUGUCAAGAGGACCACUCGAGAGGUGGAAGGCAAUUACCCCGUGUGGAACGAGACCCUCAUCUGGCACCUCAGGAACCGCCCCCUGCAAAAUGACUCUUUCCUGCAAGUCACUCUUCAUGACAUGGGCUCAAAAAAGAAGGAAAGGUUCAUUGGCCUGGCCACAGUACUUCUCAAGCCCUUGGUGAAGAAACCAAGUGAGGUUCUUUUCGUGAAGGACCUGACCCUGCUCAACCACUCUAUGAAACCCACAGACUGCACUGUCACCCUACAGGUGGCCCACAUGACCUACAAGGAUAUAGAGAAGAUAGGCGAUGAAGGCCUCCUGGCCAUAACUGCUCAAGAGGUGGCCAGGCAGAAAUGGAUGUUCCCCAGUCCCACCGUGAACAAGACUCUGUCCCCAAAGCCUCAGCACUUUCAGGUCCGAGUGAAGGUGUUCGAAGCCCGGCAGCUCCUGGGCAACGACAUCAAGGCAGUGGUGAAGGUGCUCAUCGGAGGCUAUCAGCACCACACUCGGAUCAAGAUGGGGAACAACCCUUUCUUCAAUGAGAUCUUCUUCCAGAAUUUUUAUGAGGUUCCAGCAAAAUUCUUCGAUGAGACCAUCUUAAUCCAGGUGAUAAAUUCCACAAUGUUGAGAGUCAAUGCAGAGAUCGGGAGAUUCCAGACAGAUAUCGGGUUUAUCUACCACUCUCCAGGUCACAUUCUCCUAAGGAAAUGGUUAGGCCUCUGCCAGCCAAAUGAACCCAGCAGUGGUGUGAGAGGCUACCUGAAAGUCACCAUCUGUGUCCUCGGUGUGGGAGACCAGGCCCCGGUAGAUCAAAAGCUGGCCUAUGAGGCUGGCGACACUGAAACUCAGGUCUUCAAGUCAACGGUGGUGCCGGUCAGCAUGGCCUGCUUGCAGUUCUUCGUCUACUGCGCCGAGGAUCUCCAUCUCACAAAACACCACUUAGUGAGUCCUAUGUUGGAGGUGGAACUAAUUGGGGAAAAGCUGAAGACACACGUCCAGCCACAGACGGACACCCCAAUUUGGAACCAGAUCCUGACCUUCCGGAUACAGAUGCCCUGCCUCUCCAGCUACAUCAAGCUCAGAGUCUUAGACUGCCCCAGGAACAGGUGCCAAGAUGAGAUUGGGACAGUCAGCCUAUCCCUCAACCAAAUCUCAUCCACUGGAGCAGAAAUAGAAGGAAUGUACUCCGGCUUCCUGCCCUGCUUUGGCCCCACCUUCCUUACUCUGCGUGGGGGUAAAAAGGCCCCUUUCAGGAUCCAGGAAGAAGAUCCUAAUAUUCCCAACGCUGUUAAGGAUGGUUUAGCUUAUCGAGGCCGAGUCUUCCUAGAGAUAAUCACCCACAUGAAGUCCCAUCAAGACACUGUAAUGAAGGAUCUGUCCCAUGACGUGAUCAGUGUGGAGAAGCAGCAGAACCGCCAAAAGUAUGGGCUGUGCGUCAUCUUCCUUUCCUGUACCAUGAUGCCCAGCUUUAGGGAUCUGAUCCAAUUCGAGGUCAGUAUUGGCCACUAUGGAAACAAGAUGGACCUGAGUUACAAGCCCCUCGUCUCAACCACACAGUACAGCCCGGUGAUAUACGAUGGGAACAUCUACCAUUACGUGCCCUGGUACAACACCAAGCCCGUCGUGGCUGUGACCUCCUACUGGGAGGACGUCAGCUUCCGCAUGAACUGCCUCAACCUCCUCCAGUUCACCCGGGACCGCCUGAAAGCCAACCUGGACAUUCUGAAAUCCAUGAGGAAUCCGAGGGACCCAGCUCUACUCCCCCACUGGGAGAAACUGCUGAGAGAGCUGGUAGAGGACUGCAAGCGCCCUCUGCCCUGCAUGACUGACCAACCCAAGGCCACUGACCUGGACAAGAAGAGGUGGCAGCUCCGCAGCCUCCUUCUGAGGGAAUUGGCCCAAAAGGCCAAGAAAGCCCAGCCCAGGGACAUGGUGGCCACCGUGGAAGGCUGGCUGUGCCGCCUCAAUGCCGUGCUCCCCGAGCCCCAGGUGAGCCUUCCAGACGUGAUGAUCUGGCUGAUGUCCCGGGAGCAGCGGGUGGCCUACGCCCAGGUGCCUGCCCACAGCAUCCUGUUCUCUCCGGCCGGGGCCCUGCACUCCGGCAGGUUCUGUGGGAAGACACAGACCCUCCUCCUGCAGUACCCAGAGGGGGAAGGAGAAAAGGACACGCUCCCAGCCCAGCUCCGCGUCUGCAUGUGGCUUGGCAAUGUGAAGGACAGCAAAGAUCUGCAGCUGCUCCGCCAGGGCGAAGUGGUCGUAUAUGCAGAGACGUACGAGAACCAGGCCAAGUACAAAGACCAGUGGGGGCAGCAGGGACUGCAUCGCUGCCCGAACUUCUCGGACGUCAUGGGGCACAAGGCUAUCCCCAAGGAGGACUUCAGGGAGCCCCAUGGGUGGCACUGGCAGGGGAAGUGGACAGUGGAGCCUCAAAGGAGACUUCUCCUGGACACAGACAUCAACAAGAGCCAGGUGCUGGAGGAGGUGUAUGAGAACCAGCGCCGGGACACAACGGGGGCCUGGGUGCCCGCCACCAUCCCCAACACGGACGUGAAAGGAGAGCCCGUGGAGGCCCGGGAGAACAUGAAGUGCCCCAAAGGCUGGCACGUGAAUGACAACUGGGCUGUGGAGCUGAACCACGCGGUGGACAAUGAAGGCUGGGAGUAUGGCAUGGGCAUCCAGCCCUCAGGCCUGCCCCUGGUCUGGAACUCGGUGGAGAAGACCUACUACUCACGCCGCCGCCGGCGAUGGGCACGUGUGCGCUACCGGGACCACGGGAGGCUGAGCCAUGAGCAGGAGACCCUGUCCUUCCUGCAGCUGGUGAGGGGCCGCUGGGAUGAGGCAGGCUGGGAAUAUGGCAUCUUUGGCUCCAAGUUCCACCUGAACCCUCAGCCCCAGAGCCAGUUCCGCCGCCGCUGCUGGCACCGCAGGCUGGUCCCCAACAAGGUCAAGGGCAUUGCACCCAUAUUCCUCCUGGAGGGAUCCUUGAACAUAGACAUGAAAGAGCAGGCCAGGAAGGAAGCGGACAUGGCAUCCUCGAUACGGAGAUUGGACAGAAUCAGGAGCUCCUGGAGGGCUCCCCCAGAGAUGACUCAGCCACCCACCCUGCCCUUCAUCUACUACAUCUUCAACAAGCCCCACUACUACCAGCUCUUCUGCUACAUCUACCAGGCCCGGAACCUCAUGUCCAACCAGAUCCAGACUUUCCAGGGGCCCUUCAUUCGGCUAGUCUUCUUGAACCACAGCCAGUGCACCCAAACCCUGAGGAGCUCUGCCGCCCCUACCUGGGCCCAGACGCUCAUCUUCCAGCACCUCCUCCUGUACGAGAACCCCGAGGACACUAAAGAGAGCCCGCCAUUUGUGGUGUUGGAACUGUGGCAGCGGGACCCCCAGGGCAAGGAGAGCUUGUGGGGACGGAGCAUGUGGGCACCGGUGGUCUGGCUGGAUGUCCAAAAACGGAUCCUGCCCCCCAUGAGGUGGCACCCCCUUGUAAAAGGGUUGGAGGAUGAAGAGGGCGAGAUCUUGGCGUCCUGUGAGCUGAUCCUUGAGACUGAGGUGCUGGGAGAGAGGCAGCUGCCCAUCUUAAGUGUUCCCUGGAAGAACGGGAUCUACAUCCUCCCCAAGAGCAUCCAGCCCACGCUAAGGAAGAUGGCUAUUGAGAUGCUGGCCUGGGGCCUUCGGAACAUGAAGCAGGUGCGUUCGCCCCAGCUCCUGGUGGAAUGCUGGGACGAGUCCCUGCAGACAGAGCCCAUCCGGGACUUCCAGACCAACCCCAACUUCACCCAGUCAGCCCUCUUCCUCACACUGCACAUGCCCACGGACGAGACCUUUGCCCUGCCCCUCGUGCUGAAGGUGGUAGACAACAAGGACUUCGGCCAGCAGACCCUGGUGGGUCAGGCCAACAUCGACUCCCUCCAGCCCUACUUCUGUGACCCCUGGGCUGAGGACUACAUGCCCCCACAGCCUCCACUGCUGUCUGUGAAAAAGUACCAGGAGGUCCUAGGUUACCUCUAUGAAAAGUUCUGGUUCAAGUCCAGCAAAGCUGAGGAUGAAUACGAGCAUGAAGUGGAUUGGUGGAGUAAGCUGCUCUGGGCCACAGGAAACAUUCCCAAGACAGUGAAGUACAAGUACAAAGACCUUCACACCCUGGAGGUAUACGACUGCGAACUAGAGGCCGUGCCGGCCUUCCGAGGCCUGCAGGACUUCUGCCAGACCUUCAAACUUUACCAAGAACGGCCCCAGCCGGACAGCCCUGUGGUAGGGGAGUUCAAGGGCCUAUUCCGUGUCUACCCCUUUCCUGAGAAUCCAGAAGCCCCCAAGCCCCCUCGCCAGUUCUUGCUUUGGCCAAAGAAAGAGGACUUCCCGCAGCAGUGUGUGGUGAGGGUGUACAUGGUGCGAGCAAUCAACCUGCAGCCCCAAGACACCAAUGGUCUGUGCGACCCUUAUGUGAUCCUGAAACUGGGAGACACAAAGGUUGGCAACCGCGAUAAGUACCAGCCCAACACCUUGGAUCCCAUUUUUGGCAUGAUGUUUGAACUGAGUUGCACCAUCCCCCUGGAGAAGGACCUAGAGAUCCAGCUGUAUGACUUUGACCUACUUUCACCUGAUGAUGAGAUUGGAACCACAGUCAUCGACCUUGAAAAUCGACUCCUCUCUGGCUUUGGGGCACGUUGUGGGCUCUCUAAAUCCUACUGCCAGUCAGGCCCUUUUAGGUGGCGGGAUCAGAUGCCCCCCAGCUUGCUCCUGGAACACCAUGCCAAGCGGAAAGGAUUGCCUCCACCUCUCUUCAGCCCUGAGGAGGACUCCGUGUUAUACAAUGGGAAAAAAUUCAGACUGCAAAGCUUCGAGCUCAAGCCCCCUACUGCUCGCUAUUUGGGACCUAAGAAAGAACGCCUUGCGCUGUACCUCCUGCAUACCCAGGGGCUGGUACCCGAGCACGUGGAGACCCGCACACUGUACAGUAACAGUCAGCCGGGUAUUGACCAGGGAAAGGUGCAGAUGUGGGUGGACAUCUUCCCUAAGAAGCUUGGGCCCCCCGGCCCCCCGGUCAACAUCAGCCCCAGAAAACCUAAAAGGUAUGAGCUGCGCUGCAUUAUCUGGAAAACUGCCCUGGUGGACCUGAAAGAAAACAGUUUAGGUUCUGAGAAGAUGAGCGACAUCUAUGUCAAAGGGUGGUUAUUCGGGCUAGAGAAGGACAUGCAGAAAACGGACAUCCACUACCACUCCGAGAUGGGUGAGGGCAUCUUCAACUGGCGGUUCGUCUUCACCUUGGACUACCUGGCAGCAGAACAAAUGUGCGUCUUGAGCCAGAAGGACUACAUAUGGAGCCUGGACCCGACAGUGAUGAAGUUCCCAGCCCGGCUCGUCAUCCAGAUCUGGGACAAUAACAUCUUCUCCACUGAUGACUUCCUAGGGAUCUUGGAGCUGGAUUUGCCUGACAUGCCCUUCCCGGCCCGGGACUCCAAGCUAUGCUCCAUCAGGAUGACCGAUGCAGAUCCCAAGUGGCCCCAUUUCCUCCAGUGCAAGCACUUCUCCCUCUUUAAGAUGAAGACUGUAACUGGCUGGUGGCCUUGCCAGGUCCUCAAUGGUGGCAAAUGGCGCUUGUCGGGUAAAGUGAAGAUGACCCUGGAGAUUCUGACAGAGAAGGAAGCUUUAAUCAAACCUGCAGGACGAGGCCAGUCAGAACCCAACCAAUACCCCACACUCCAUCCACCUCCACGCAGCGACAUGUUGUUCAUGUGGUUUCGGUCACCUGUUACAAACUUCAUCAGGGUGGUCUGGAGACGCUCUCGCUUCAAAAUCAUAGCCAUUGCAAUCAUACUGGUUAUGGGGCUUCUGCUGUUCAACUUUAUCUAUUCAGCUCCGAACUAUUUGGCUAUGAACGUGAUCAAACCUGAACUUCGGCUGAAUGCUCCCGUUGAGUUUCAGGCCAACAUCGUCUAUUCACUAAACACCAGUGAUACCAACACUUCCAUCCCCACAACUCAUCAUCUGAGCCUCAAGCCUACAACAGACCCUAAGCUGAAACUCCUCUAGCGACCCAGGAAUCACCUGCAAGAUAUGUUUCCACAACUUCCAGCCCCACAAGCCUAAUUCUCUCAUUUCUGCCUGACUCUCCUCCUGCCACCAACAGCUCUCCCCUUGGCCUUCCUACCAGUUCGUUAGUUCUUGCGGCUGGGGAGAUUCCAGCCAUUCUGCUCAGAAACCACUUCAACGAGAAGGGCAGAGUUGUAAUUUUCUGUUGAAAUAAAUCAGUUUUGUA